UGCUACAUCGCUGGAGACGUGGGUCGUGGUUCGUGAUUUGUAAACAAACUGUUGGCAAACAUAUGAAAUUUUUUUGAAUAGUGUUUUGCAUUUGAUUGGAUUAUGGAUAUCGAAGUAGAGAAUGUUCUGAAGCUGAUAUUUCCAAAUGAAGUACCCGAUAACUGGAAGGAGAAUCCAGAUGUUGUUUUGUAUCUAUCCAAGCUUGGCUCAUUUCAUGUCGAACAGUUGAUCAAAGAACCAGAGCGUCUCAAUGAGGAAAAAUCUGCAGUACUGGAACAAACUCAAGAACUUGCAUUUUCUAACUAUAAAACUUUUAUUCAAACUGCAGAAUGUUCCAGAGAAAUAUUCAAACAGUUUGGACAUGUUGAACAUCACCUGGACGCACUGAAAACAAAGCUACCAGAGUUCUCCCACAAGUGCCAAGAAUUUGGGCAGAAGUCAAGCAAUAUUAAUGCACAUCGUCGCCUAAACUCUCUGACUUUAACGAGGAAUGCUCAGCUCUUGGAAGUGUUGGAACUGCCUCAACUAAUGGAAACCUGCAUACGCAAUGGCAGUUAUGAAGAGGCACUAGAGCUAGCUGCGUAUGUUAGACGACUUGGAAGAAAACAUGGUCAUAUACCAAUCAUUGCUGGCAUUGUUAAGGAAGUUGAAGCUGCCUGGUUGGCUAUGCUGCAUCAACUUCUUGCACAGUUGCGUACUGACCUUCAACUGCCACGAUGUCUGGCUGUGGUUGGCUACCUACGAAGAAUGGGUAUCUUUUCUGAAGCAGAACUCAGGUUGAAAUUCCUGCAGGCAAGAGAUUCAUGGCUCCAAGGAUUACUUGCUUCCAUACCUAAAGAUGAUGCAAGUCAGCAUUUGAAUAAAACGAUUGAGCUUACCAGAAUACAUCUUUUUAACAUUGUAACACAGUUCAGAGCUAUAUUCAGUGAUGAAGAACCUAUUCUUCCAUCUCCGAGAGACCAAAAUGUAAAUGAAACUGCUAUUUUUUAUUCUUGGAUAACAGAGAAGAUUCACAAUUUUUUGAACACCUUGGAGAGGGACGUGGAUCGUGCCAAUACUUCUUUAGACUCUGUUCUGGGUCAGUGUAUGUAUUUUGGAUUAUCAUUCAGCAGAGUUGGUGCAGAUUUCAGGGGUCUGCUAGCACCCGUUUUUAUUAAAACAGUCACACAGAAUUUUGAGAAGGCAGUCCGUAAAGCAAAUAAAAAAUUUGAACAGGACAUGGAGUCUUUUACAGUUUCUAAAACACCAUCAAAUGUAAGAACUUCUCCAUCACCUACCACAGGAAAACAGGAUCAUCCACCAGAAAGUCUGAUAGAAUUUUAUCCCCUUGCUGAAUACUGUAAUGGUCUGCUGUCUGCACUAAAUGAAUUAAGAUUGUGUGCACCUAUUGCUGUUGCAAAUAGCAUUACAAAAUGCCUGCAAGAGUCUCUUGGUAGUGCGGUCAAGACCAUUCUUGGAUAUCACAAGCAGGAACAAGGAACGCUACUUCCCGCUGAAAGAGAGACAUUCAGCAGAUUUUGUUGUUGUCUGACUGAGGACUUGUUUCCUCAUUUGCAGAGGUGCCUGCAUGCAAUAUUUCCACCAGCAACAUUGGCAACACAUUUGGGUGUAUCAGUGCAGCAAAUACAAAAAGAGGGGCUGACAUUCCUGGAUCGAAUGGCAGUUGUGGAGCCCAUCCGACACCUUUUGCCUUUGCGAGUGAGUUCCACAUCAGUUACUCAGAAACUUCUUACCACAGCAGGUUCAGAAGAAACUGAGAACAUAUUAGAGAAAAGUACAGAGACCCAAGAUGAUGAUUCGAGUUCAGUGCCAGAUACUACACCGACUGAUGUGGCUCAAGAAACCACUGGUUCUAUACAACAAAAUGAUGAUGAAAAGAAGACUUAGUAGACUCACGUUGUUUGAGUCAAUGUAUACGGAAGCAAACUGUUUUCUGUACUAGAGUAUAAUACAGUAUCCAUAUGCUAUUCUGUGUUACAUAUCAAAUACAAGGAAUGGAAGGGAGAUAUAAAUACAUGAAAAUAAACAUUUACAAUUAUGAGAUGCAUUACCAAAGUGGUAAUUAAGUCAUGGUGCUAUUGAACAAAGAGUAGUUUACAAUGCAGGUUGAUAAAUUAUGUCCUCUGUAGAAAUAUACAAAGUAUUUAUUACUAAAUGAAACCGAAGG